AUGAAGAGUAUUGCAAAUGCACAGAUAUUUGCAAUUACUCAUUCGGGGACAUUCAAAGCCCACUCAGACUGGGAGAAGCAGAGGAAGACUGCUCUCUCGUCGAUUGGACAAUAUCUUUUGAAUCUGAAUGAAUCAGAAUUAAAUAAUGUGUACUCUGAAUGGGAAACAGGUAUAUUUGAAGAUAAUAAUACCGAAGAUAUCGAAAAAUCUCUAUACUCGCUGUUUUUAAUUUCACUUCUCCACUAUUAUAAGCGACUUUUCAAUCAAUCUAAAAAAGUAUUCGAUAAAAUAUUCAAAUUCUUAGCAUCAAAGAAUCGAGAAAUAUGCAAAACAGCUUCUCGAGUACUUUACUAUCUCGGAGAAGAAAAUCCAGAAAAUGCGCAAUAUUUACGCGAAACAUUAGAGAUGUCAAAGCAAUUUCUAUCUGUAAGCCAGCGAAAUACCAUGUCCUUCAAUGCAUUUUCAAUAAUUAGCGAAGUUGGACGAUUUUUAUUGCGAGAUGUUUUUACAAUUACUAUGGGACAUCAACCGGAAAUAUUCAAUGCAUCGAUAUCCAAGGACAUAGAACUAGGUAUCAUUGCUUCCAAAGUAAUGACAAUUCAUUUGGAAGCUUUGCCAGCUCAUUCAAGCGAAACAAUGGCAAGUUCCUUAUUCCUAGAUUAUACAACAAGGAUUUUAUCGCAUACUGCAAACUCUACACCUGGAAUGAUAUUGAUUUUGAGCUCAAUUUACAAAUUAUACCCUCAAGCCGUAAAAAUACCAGUAUUAAUUGACAGAUUGAUUGCAAUAUGCUCUGUUCCGAAGUCAGAUGCUUUAAUUGAAACCAUGGAUUUCCUAAUUGAACUUGCAAAUCAAAAAUUAUUUACUGUAGCACAAGCAAACCAAUUAUUACUCAUUCUUAUAUCACAAAUUACAAGCGGCAACACAGAUAAGUCCAUAUUCGUGCGAAUUAUUGCAUUUAUUCAAAUAUUUCCACCACAAAAUAUUCCAGGUCCUUCAAUUCUUCAAUUAGUCUCAUUUUUAAUCUCGAACGAAAGCCGCGCGUCAUUACAUGAUAAAGCUUUUAAAGUUUUAUGCGUUCUUUUACGAAAGGUUAAAAUUUCUGUUCCAAAGAGCUAUUUUACAAUCUUUUCGAAGCAUUCGAUCGAAGCAUUAUCAUUAUCCAACCUUCCGAUCAGCCAAUUCAAGGAAGAACUGCUUCGACAGUUCGGAUUAGGACUAAAUCCGAAAACCUCCAUCCAAAAGCAGAAAUUAUCGCUUCGUAUUUUAUCCACGUUCAGGACCAAGUUAUUCGAGAGCAUGCCACCCCUUUUCGACGCUCUCCAGCACAAUGCAUAUUCUCCGGAUGAGAAAUUACGAUGUAUGAUGGUGAAAAUACUUCCAAUCUUCGAAUGCGAUGGUGCCAUGGACGAGCUCGUCAGGAUGGCCGCAAUUGACACUUCCAAGCGCAUCAGAUUAAUCGCAUUGAAAAAUAUCACCGAUGACGCCGUUAUUCGUAAUCCCUCCUUGAUCGCACAGUUACUAGCAGAUCCAUCCUUCAAAGUUCGUCGCGCUGCAAUACCCAUUGCUGCUUCUGUCGCUGCAACAUGUUCUGUUUUGACAAUUCCGCGUGUUUUGACAUUUACAAGCGAUUUAAUUGCAUCGUGGACAGCAUAUUCCACUCCAAAGAGAUCUGCUAGAUUGUGCUCUUUGUUGCCAUUGAUUGCCCGUAAUUUCGUACAGUUUUCUCCUCCUUUGGCCACAACUUUGACAUAUUUUUGUGUCAAAUUACUUUUGGGAGAAAUUCCACCCGGAUCCACCAAUUUCGACAACCUCAAUGACUUAGUGCACAGAGAAAUUGCUGCCCCACCUAAGCCACCUGUUGAUCCGUACUCACAAAGAGUCUAUUUCAUUGAAAACCGCCAUUUCAUUGAAAAACGUGACGCUUAUUUAUUUGACACUUUGUCAGAAUUAGCGAGUACAUUAAGUCCUUAUUUAUAUCAGAUCAUGCCUGCCUUUGUCAAAGCUUUUAAGAGUCCUGCGAGUGAUAUGCUACAUCUAGCAGCAUUAAACGCUUUGACAUCUAUUGCAAUCAAGACGAAAAUGUCAUUAAACAUCCCGAGAAUGUUCCCUGACGUUCCUCGACAACUUUGUAAUCUUUUGAAUCAUUGCUCUCAAAAAGUGGCAAUUGCAGUAUUGAAAUAUACCGGAACGAUAGGAAUUUCAUCAUCUUCAAUUACACAACAGAAAGCGAGUGAUGAAGUUGUUGAAUGCAAUGACAUGAGGUCGCCAAGAUAUUACACACAUUUCGUGAUGAAAGCAUUGAUAGAAAUGUUGAAAGAACCAAUUUUACCGUUAUUUACUGCAGCAACAACAAUUUUAUUGAAUGAAACAAAUGAUUCCCUUAUUUUCAUGAAAGAUUUAAUGAAAGCGUACGCGAGUUCAUUGGAUAAUGAUAAGAUAAGGCCAACAUUAUUUAAUUAUAUCAAUAUGAUCACUUAUAAAUGUGGAAGAAACGUUGAACCAUUUAUAGACAUCAUUGAACCAUAUUUGAUUACAUAUAUCAAAGAAUUGGAAUGUAUUCAAUUAUGUGCAAGAUUAUCAUUAUCUUUAGUUUCUGAGUUCAUUCCGACAGCUGCAAAGAUAUUCCCUUUAGUACUUGAACACGCGAGAUCAACAUCAGAUAACAGAUUAUUUAAAGAUACAUUGAGAUUACUGAAUUUCUGUAUAAUAUUCCAACGUCAAAAUCCUGAAGAAUAUUUGGAAUUCGCAGAAAACGUUGCCAAAAAAGGUGACGAUAUAAGAAUUGCUUUUAUUUUCAAGAGUUUGAGUUUGUUAGUCCAGAACUCAAUGAUGAAUUUGUAUUCUAGUAGAUUGGCAAGAUUAUCUUUCUCUACAAUACAAAGAAGGAAUUUGAGAGAAGUACAACAAUUGUUAAUUAAUUUGGUUGCAUCAGGAGAUUUAAGUACUCGUUCGAUAUCUGUAGCGAUUAACGUGAAAAACUUGAAAUUCCCAAUCCAAGAAAUAGAAAACGAUGUCAAUAAAAUGGUAAAUAACCAGAUACCGUCUAUUGACGCACCAAGAAUGGAAUUGCCCCCUGAAAAACAACAAAAUUCCAUUUUCCAAGAUUUGACAAAACCGACAUUUUUCAAUGCAACUUUGUGGUUGGACGAUAUCUGUAAAAAAGCGGUUGCAUCAUCACCAUCGAUAGCUGUACGAUGUUGCUUACCAUUGAUUACUCAUUCACAGACAUUUGCCAGUGAAUUAUUCAUUGCUGCUUUCAUUUCUUGUUGGAAAGAAGCGACUGAACAAGAGAAACUUAAUUUCUCUCUUUCACUGAAAAUGAUCAUUGAAAACGCAUCACCUCUUGAACAGAGAAUCAUUGAUUUCGCUCAAGCAGUCGACAGAGCAGGAUUCCCUCUUCAAAUCCCAGACGAUGUCAUUGCAAGAGGUUGCGACAACACUGCUUACAGAUUGUACUUCUUACAAAGACAGUACAUGAAAGAACACAAACCAGAAGUAGCCGCACAACUUCUCAAAUUGAAUACGAAGAUGGGAAGAAUGGAAUCAGCAAGAGGUUUGUUGAGAGCUGUAUCAAGUGAAAUGGACUUUUCUUUAACAGGAAAAUGGUUGAUGCAGUUGAACGAGUGGGAAUCAGCUUUGGAAUUCUUUACUUGUUCAAAUAAUUUGGCAGGAUUAAUUCCUUGUUACGGACAUUUGGAAAUGUGGAACAGAAUAACGAUGCUUGAAAAAGAUUUCAAUAAAAUGGAUGAAGAAUCUCAAUCGAGAGAAGCGCUUUGGUUUGCUUGGGCUUUUUAUCAUUCGAAAGAUAAAGAAAAAGUCAAUUAUUAUCUCUCGAAAUUCAACAUGAAAACACUGAACCAAAUCACUUUUGCCGCCAUUUAUUAUACAAGCAGUCACCAAUACGACAAAGCAGAAACAAUCAUUGAGAAAGGUUUCCAAAUGAUUGCAGAUGAAAGAAAAGUUUUCUCAGGCGGAGAUGGAAGAAGAGCUUCUGCUAAUUUGGCUUGUGCACAACAUUUAGUUGAACUCAGUGAAGUUCUACAAGUAAAGAGAGGACAAAUGACAGAUAUCACUGAAAUAUGGAAGAAUCGACUUGAAAACUUUUCUCAUGAAUCUGAUUCAUGGAUGUUAACAAGUGAAAUCAGAUCAUUGAUUUUGAGUCCAAAUGAUCAUUUGGACAGUUAUUUGAAGAUGUUACGUGUUUUGAGACAAGAACGACAAUGGAGAUUGGCUGAUUCACACUGCGAAAGGUUCUUCAAUGAGAAAAUGCCUCCAAGAGUUUUAGUUGAACAGUUGAAGAUCAUUUGGGACAGAGGAAACAGAAAGAAAGCUGUGUCAAUUGCUUCAUUGAUUAAUGACAAAAUUGCAGGAAUUAAAAACAGCCAGGAUGAAACAGAAGAAAACCUCCAAUUCCUGAGUAAUUUAUCUGUUCCUGUUGAGUCAUUCAACAAAGAAACACAAUCGAGAUUACUGAGAUUGCAAGCAACAUGGCAAUACCGAUUAUAUACAUCAAAAACAUCAGGUGCAGACUCAUUGAAACAAAUUUGCAACUUGUUCAAAAGGGCGAAUGAUUUAAGACCAAAUGAUCCAAAGAUAUGGAGUGGAUGGGCAUAUACAUCAUCAAGAGCUCUUUCACAUUUCCCAGAACAAAGAGCUAAGUUCGCAGAGAUGGCAAUGACAGGAUUCCUCAAAGCAGCGAAACUCAGUCCAAGUGAAUCUUUCGAAUACAUGUGUCAAACAUUCUCUAUUUUCUUCAGAUUCGGUGCAGAAACAGGAAUUUCAGAUUCAUUGAGAAAUGAAUUCGAAACUCUUCCUUCAUCAACAGUAAACAUGAUUGUUCCACAAAUUGCUGUUCACAUUGCAGAUGUCGACGAAACAAUCAGAGCAGUAGUUCAAAAGAUAAUGAUUCGUUUCGGCGAUCAGCAUUUCCAAGCAGUUGUUUAUCCAUUGAAUGUCUUGAGUUUGAUCCAAGACAAAGACAAAGCUGCAAUUGCACGGGAUGUUUUAGAGAAUCUUGGAAUGAAACAAUCACACAUGUACAAUGAAAUCAAACUGUUCAUUGACGGAAUGCAUCGCGCAGCAGUUUCAUGGAAUGAACUUUGGUUGACAGGUUUAGACAAUGCAUCACGAGCAAAUGGAAUUGGUGACAUCGAACAGAGUUACCAAGUCAUCCAAGGUUUGUUCGACAUGUUAGAAAAACCACAGUGUCAAAUGGAUCAUCAAUUCAUCAAAACAAUGGGUCCACAGAUAUCAAGAGCGAAAACAAUGUUUGAACGUGCAAAAACUAAUGAUGAAAACAGCAUCAAAAUGAUGUGGGCCGGCUUCAAAGAAAUCUAUCAAAGCCUUAAUGAUAAAAUGAAACACACUGAACAGAUCGAUUUGAACAACGUCUGUGAAGAACUUGCUAACAAAAACGAUUUUGAGAUUGCGGUUCCAGGUCUUUACUCCGUUGAAGGACAGAGCCAAACUCUCCGCCAGAUCGACAACAUCCUUGGAGUUAUGAGUACACAACAACACCCGAGAACAGCUUGGAUGUCCGAUGCGCAAGGAAACCGAUGGAAAUUCCUCUUGAAAGGUAACGAAGAUUUGAGAUUGGAUCAAAGAAUCAUUCAGUUUUUCAUGUUGAUUAACUCAAUGCUUCGAUCUUCAAGAGCUACAAGUGAUUUAGGUGUUUCAAUCGUUGAAUACUCAAUUGUUCCUUUCGCUCCUAACGCUGGAUUCAUUUCAUGGGUCACAGGCGCAGAUACAUUCCAACAGUUAGUUUCGGAGUACAGACAAAAUCGAGGAAGUGGACGAAACGCAGAGAAUGAAGUAACGAACACAUUAGUUGGUCCAUUAUUUAAUUCAUUGAAUGCAUUGCAGCGAUAUGAGAUAUUUAACCAUGUUGCAGAAGCAACUAAUGCGAACGAAAUCAGAGAAAUGCUUUGGUUACGAUCUCCUGGUGCUUCAUCAUGGAUACAAAGAUCGAACUGUUUCACAGUUUCAACAGCAUUGAUGUCAAUGGCCGGAUAUGUCAUCGGACUUGGAGACAGACACCCAAGCAAUAUCAUGGUUCAACGACACACAGGAAGAGUUAUUCACAUCGAUUUCGGAUUCUCAUUCGAAGAUGCGAUGAACAGAACUUUGUUCCCCGAACGAGUUCAGUUCAGAUUGACAAGGAUGAUUGUCAACGCUUUGGAUGGUGGUUCUGUCAGCGGAUUGUUUAGGAAGACAUGCGAAGAUGUCAUGUGGGUUUUGAAGAACGGAAUGAGCAGUGUCAUGAGCCAGUUGGAAGUUUUCGUUCACGAGCCCAUUUUCUACGGAAAAGAAGCUAAACCAAGCGAUGCAAAACUCAGAGGAAUUCUCGAAAGAGUUGCAUCAAAACUUUCUGGAAUUGAUCAAGAUGGAGAAGAAAAAGAUGUCAAAGCUCAAGUUGAUUCAUUAAUCAAAGUCGCUGCCGAUCCAAAAGAAUAUUGCAGACAUUAUAUUGGAUGGUGUCCAUUCUGGUAA